ACAAAGAAAAACGAUAGAUACGAAGAAAACAAACAGAAAAUGAUCAUCUAGAUGUUUUUCUAAAGAAGUGAAGAAGCUAAAUUUUUGGAGAAUAUAAAUGCAAAAAACAAAAUCUCAAAUGUUUAGUAUUCCUUGAACAUUUUUGCUGGCAAUCGAUAAACAAGGUGGAGCAGUUAAGAGAGUAAUCACGUUUCUCUAAGAAGUUGAUCGCCAUGAGUUGUACUUCUGAAAUUGAUUUCUAAGAAAUUGAGCGCCAUGGAUUCUUCUUCUGAAAUUGGUGCAUCGAUUAUCGAAGCUGGUGAAAGUGGAGACCUUUACCAACUUAAGGCAAUUAGAAACAAGUUUGCUGAUGAGUGGGAGUUCCGCAAGAUAUGCGAUCAAUAUAGCGAUUUCUCCACUGGCCGGAAUGUCUUGCAUCACGCGGUUGGAAUCGGACAUUUUGAUGUUUGCAAAUUCUUGAUAAACACCGUCAGAGUUGAUAUUGAUGUCUUGACUUACAAGAGGGAUACUCCUCUGGCAGAAGCUGCCAAAAGGGGACAUGUCAAAAUUGUGGAGUUUCUCGUCAAACAUGGUGCUGAAAUUAGUCUUGCAAAUAUUGAGGGAUUCACUCCGUUGCACUAUGCUGCUCUAAACAAUAAUAAGGAGCUUGUGGAAUUGUUGCUGAUAAAAGGUGCUCCUAUAGAGACAGAUUCUGCAUACGGAACACCUUUACAAGCUGCUGCUUCUCGUGGAAAUGCUGAGGCUGUCGAGUCUCUCUUGUCUCAUGGCGCAAACCCAAAUUUUUCUUGUGCAGUUGUGGACACCCCUCUUGUAUGUGCAGUCAAGUCUCGUUCAUUUGAAUGCCUGAAAUUGCUGCUUGAGGGUAAAGCAGACCCAAAUUUUUAUGUCGCUGGAUUAAGUCCUAUGCAAUGUGCUGCAAAAGAAAGCGACACAAAAUUUCUUGAGUAUUUGCUUAAAGCUAAAGGAGAUCCAAAUUCAUCUGACAAAGAUAUACAUAAACCGAUUGAGGAAGCUGCUUUGGUGCAUAAUCGUGCAGCUGUGGAGAUUUUGUUUCCAGUGGCUGACCGGCUUGCACAUUAUCCGAGUUGGACUGUUGAUGGCAUAAUCGAGUACACUCAUACUGAAGAAUAUAAAAACAUGAGUGAGGCGAAAUUGACAAAGCGCUUGAGUGCAAUAGACUUCGGAGGGUUGCUUGAUGCUGGCAACAAGAAUUACUACCGAGCAAUCUUUCAUUAUAGAAUGGCUUCUCAUCUUGAUCCAUCUAACGCCACAUGGGUAUCGACGCGAAGCAUGUGGGAAGCACGCACGCAUAAAAGCAUUAAUGCUCUGUUAGAUGCUCAGCAAUGCUUUAGGGUCAAGCCAGACUGCCCCGUCCCUUACCACAGAGGAGACAAUGCUGCUGCAGCGAACGAGAUAUUCAAGAAAUUCCUCAAGGCAGGGCUCGCCUUCUCGUUGGAUCCUUACACAAGGAAAAAGUGUCAUGCAUUUAGAAUUACUAUGUUCGAUUACUUUGGCUGGUUGAGUCAGAUGAGCAGCGCCGAAGAGAUUUUGAGUUUUAGCUGUGAUGAUUAACACCGUAGUAGAUUUUGAGUUUUAGCUGAGAUUUUGAAUUUCCCCAUUUUUUGGAGUAGAUUUUGAAUUGCAUCAUAUUAA